AAAUAAUUUCUAAAUGUCGAAUCAAUAUGUCAUAGUGCCUCAAAAUUAUCGAAGUGACAGUAUGGUUAGUAUUUCACCAGCUGAUAAGAGAUAUUUUGAAUAAGCUUAAGCUAAAUAGAAAUCACCUCCAUAAUAAAUGAUGUUUGGUGGUUAUUCACCAUCUCCUAGUCUCCAAAAAACUUUGAGUACACAAUUAUCAGAAUAAAGUAUUGAUGAAGUAUAAAUAUUGUUAAAACAUAUUUUAGUUUGGUAAAAUGCAAAAGGAUUCAGAUACUGAGUUGGUUGUUCAAUAUAUUUUAUAAUUAAGAGAUACAGAGAAAAGAGAAUAAGCAUUAUCAGAAUUAUCAAAAAAAAGAGAAAGCUUUCCUCAUUUGGCACCAUUGUUAUGGCAUUCUGUUGGUACCAUUGCUAUAUUGUAAUAUAUAGAUUUUUAAAUAUUUUAGUCUCUAAGAAAUAGCAGUUGUAUAUCAACAUUUAUAACCAGCUUAACUUACACCAGCUCAAUCUUCUAGAAUUUGCAGUGUUCUAGGAUUACUACAAUGUUUGGCUCUACAUGUUUAAACAAGAUCUUGUUUCUUAAGAGGUAAUCAUUUCAAUUUAAAUAUAGCUCAUAUACCAUUAUUUUUAUAUCCAUUUCUAAAUACAAGUAAUAAAAGUAAAGCUUUCGAAAAUCUAAGAGUUACCAGUUUAGGUGUUAUUGGAGCUUUAGUCAAAGUAUUUUUUAAUUCCAAUUUUUAUAGGGUGAUGAUCCAGAAGCUAUUAAUUUUUUAAUGCAAACUGAAAUCAUCCCACUUUGUUUAAGAAUCAUGAAAAAAGGAUAAGAACUAUCUAGAACUGUUGCAACUUUUAUUGUUUAGAAGAUUCUUCUCGAUGAUAAUGGUCUCAAUUAUAUCUGUUAAACUCCUGAAAGAUUUUUUGCAGUAAGUCAAGUAUUAUAAACUAUGAUUGAUGAUUUGCAUUAAUCUUAAAAAGAUGAUUAAAGAUUAUUGAGACAUAUUAUUAGAUGUUAUUUAAGACUUUCUGAAAAUCAAAAGUAAUAUAUUCAUUUUUAUUUUAGAGCUGGAGAAGUCCUUAAAAAAUAUUUGCCAUAAGUAUUAAAAGAUCCUACUCAAUCUUUUAUUAAAGAUGAAGUUGUUAAAAAGUGGCACAACAAUUUGCUUCAAAAUCUUUCGAUCAAAUGAUCUUAAAAUAUGUAACUAAAUAUAUUAAAAUC